AUGGAGGUACUGAUGGCAGAACGGCCCACUCAGGUCUUUCACAAUAAAGUGAUAGACGGAACUGCCAUGAAACGACUUAUUAGUCGAUUUAUUGAUCACUAUGGAAUAGGAUAUACAUCACAUAUCCUGGAUCAAGUAAAGACUCUGGGUUUCCGACAAGCGACCGCCGCAUCCAUUUCAUUAGGAAUUGAUGAUCUUUUAACAAUACCUUCUAAAAGAUGGCUCGUUCAAGACGCUGAACAACAAAGUGUUCUUUUGGAAAAACACCAUCAUUAUGGGAAUGUACACGCGGUAGAAAAAUUACGUCAAUCAAUCGAGAUAUGGUAUGCCACAAGUGAAUAUUUGCGACAAGAAAUGACUCCUAAUUUUCGGAUGACCGAUCCUUUUAAUCCAGUCCAUAUAAUGUCUUUUUCGGGAGCCAGAGGAAAUGCGUCUCAGGUACAUCAAUUAGUAGGUAUGAGAGGAUUAAUGUCGGAUCCCCAAGGACAAAUGAUUGAUUUACCCAUUCAAAGCAAUUUACGCGAAGGACUCUCUUUAACAGAAUAUAUUAUUUCUUGCUACGGAGCCCGUAAAGGAGUUGUGGAUACCGCUAUCCGAACAUCAGAUGCAGGAUAUCUCACGCGCAGACUUGUUGAAGUAGUGCAACACAUUGUUGUACGUCGAACAGAUUGUGGCACCGUUCGCGGUAUUUCUGUAAGUCCUCGAAAUGGAAUGAUGGCGGACAGGAUUUUUAUCCAAACAUUAAUUGGCCGUGUAUUAGCAGAUGAUAUAUAUAUAGGUUCGCGAUGCAUUGCUACUAGAAAUCAAGAUAUUGGGGUUGGACUUGUCAAUAGAUUCAUAACUUUUAGAGCACAACCAAUCUCUAUUCGAACCCCCUUUACUUGUAGGAGUACAUCUUGGAUUUGUCAAUUAUGUUAUGGCCGGAGUCCAGCUCAUGACGACCUGGUCGAAUUGGGAGAAGCUGUAGGUAUUAUUGCAGGUCAAUCUAUUGGAGAACCGGGUACUCAAUUAACAUUAAGAACUUUUCAUACUGGCGGAGUAUUCACAGGGGGUACUGCAGAACAUGUGCGAGCCCCUUUUAAUGGAAAAAUAAAAUUCAAUGAGGAUUUGGUUCAUCCGACACGUACACGUCAUGGACAUCCUGCUUUUCUAUGUUCUAGAGACUUAUAUGUAACUAUUGAGAGUGAAGAUAUUAUACACAAUGUGUGUAUUCCGCCCAAAAGUUUUCUUUUAGUUCAAAACGAUCAAUAUGUAGAAUCAGAACAAGUCAUUGCUGAGAUUCGCGCGAGAACAUCCACUUUGAAUUUGAAAGAGAAGGUUCGAAAACAUAUUUAUUCUGACUCAGAGGGCGAAAUGCACUGGAAUACCGAUGUGUACCAUGCACCUGAAUUUACAUAUGGUAAUAUUCAUCUCUUACCAAAAACAAGUCAUUUAUGGAUAUUAUUAGGGGAGCCCUGGAGAUCUAGUCUAGGCCCCUGUUCGAUCCACAAGGAUCAAGAUCAAAUGAACGCUUAUUCUCUUUCUGUUAAGCGAAGAUAUAUUUCUAACCCCUCAGUAACUAAUAAUCAAGUGAGACACAAAUUUUUUAGUUCGUAUUUUUCUGGUAAAAAUAAAAAAGGAGAUAGGAUUCCUGAUUAUUCAGAACUUAAUCGAAUGACAUGUACUGGUCGUUGUAAUCUCAGAUAUCCGGGCAUUCUCGACGGGAAUUCUGAUUUAUUGGCAAAGAGGCGAAGAAAUAGAGUCAUCAUCCCACUCGACUCGAUUCAAGAAGGCGAGAACCAACUAAUACCUUCUUCAGGUAUCUCAAUUGAAAUCCCCAGAAAUGGUAUUCUCCGUAGAAAUAGUAUUCUUGCUUAUUUCGACGAUCCUCGAUAUAUAAGAAAGAGCUCGGGACUUACUAAAUAUGAGACUAGAGAGCUGAAUUCAAUCGUCAACGAAGAGAAUUUGGUUGAGUAUCGAGGAGUCAAGGUAUUUUGGCCAAAAUAUCAAAAGGAAGUCAAUCCAUUUUUUUUUAUUCCCGUGGAAGUCCACAUUUUGGCCGAAUCUUCUUCCAUAAUGGUACGGCACAAUAGUAUUAUUGGGGUAGAUACACAAAUCACUUUAAAUAGAAGAAGUCGGGUAGGUGGAUUGGUCCGAGUGAAGAAAAAAGCAGAAAAAAUUAAACUGAUAAUCUUUUCUGGAGAUAUCCAUUUUCCUGGAAAGACAAAUAAGGCAUUCCGAUUGAUACCACCGGGAGGGGGAAAACAAAAUUCCAAAGAAUACAAAAAAUUGAAAAAUUGGCUCUAUAUCCAACGAAUGAAACUUUCCAGGUAUGAAAAAAAGUAUUUUGUUUUGGUUCAACCCGUAGUCCCAUAUAAAAAAACGGAUGGUAUAAAUUUAGGAAGACUUUUCCCAGCGGAUCUCUUGCAGGAAAGUGAUAAUCUACAACUUCGAGUUGUCAAUUAUAUCCUUUAUUACGACCCAAUUCUUGAAAUUUGGGACACAAGUAUUCAAUUAGUUCGGACUUGUUUAGUGUUGAAUUGGGACCAAGACAAAAAGAUCGAAAAGGCCUGUGCUUCCUUUGUUGAAAUAAGGACAAAUGGUUUGAUUAGAGAUUUUCUAAGAAUCGACUUAGCGAAGUCACCUAUUUCAUAUACCGGAAAAAGGAACGAUCUGCCGGGUUCAGGAUUGAUCUCUGAGAAUGGAUCAGAUCGCGCUAAUGGCAAUCCGUUUUCUUCCAUUUAUUCCUAUUCCAAGGCAACGAUUCAAGAAUCCCUUAAUCCAAACCAAGGAACUAUUCAUACAUUGUUGAAUCGAAAUAAGGAAUCUCAAUCUUUGAUAAUUUUGUCAUCAUCCAAUUGUUCUCGAAUAGGCCCAUUCAACGAUGUAAAAUAUCCCAAUGUGAUAAAAGACUCAAUCAAAAAGGACCCCCUAAUUCCAAUUAGGAAUUCGUUGGGCCCCUUAGGAACAGGCUUUCCAAUUUAUCAUUUCGAUUUAUUUUCCCAUUUAAUAACCCAUAAUCAGAUCUUGGUAACGAACUAUUUGCAACUUGACAAUUUAAAACAGAUUUUUCAAAUACUUAAAUAUUAUUUACUGGAUGAAAAUGGUAAAAUUUAUAAUCCCUAUUCAUGCAGUAACAUCAUUUUGAAUCCAUUCAAAUUGAAUUGGUAUUUUCUCCAUUACAAUUAUUGUGAAGAGACAUCUACAAUCGUUAGUCUUGGGCAGUUUCUUUGUGAAAAUGUAUGUAUAGCCAAAAAAGGACCGCAUUUAAAAUCAGGUCAAGUUCUAAUUCUUCAAGUUGACUCUGUGGUAAUACGAUCAGCUAAGCCUUAUUUGGCUACUCCAGGAGCAACUGUUCAUGGACAUUACGGGGAAAUCCUUUACGAAGGAGAUACAUUAGUUACAUUUAUAUAUGAAAAAUCAAGAUCUGGUGAUAUAACGCAAGGUCUUCCAAAAGUGGAACAGGUGUUAGAAGUGCGUUCGAUUGAUUCAAUAUCGAUGAAUCUUGAAAAGAGGAUUGAGGGUUGGAACAAAUGUAUAACAAGAAUUCUUGGAAUUCCUUGGGCAUUCUUUAUUGGUGCUAAGCUAACUAUAGUGCAAAGUCGUAUCUCUUUGGUUAAUAAGGUCCAAAAGGUUUAUCGAUCCCAGGGGGUGCAGAUACAUAAUAGGCAUAUAGAAAUUAUUGUACGUCAAAUAACAUCAAAAGUGUUGGUUUCAGAAGAUGAAAUGUCUAAUGUUUUUUCGCCCGGAGAACUAAUUGGAUUGUUGCGAGCGGAACGAAUGGGGCGCGCUUUGGAAGAAGCGAUCUGUUACCAAGCCGUCUUAUUGGGAAUAACAAGAGCAUCCAUGAAUACUCAAAGUUUCAUAUCCGAAGCGAGUUUUCAAGAAACCGCUCGAGUUUUAGCAAAAGCAGCUCUCCUAGGGCGUAUCGAUUGGUUGAAAGGCCUAAAAGAAAACGUUGUUCUGGGGGGGAUGAUACCUGUUGGUAGCGGCUUCAAAACACCUUCAAGCGAACCUAACAACAUUCCUAACAACAUUGCCUUUGAACUCAAAAAAAAGAAUCUAUUAGAGGGGGAAAUGAAAGAUAUUUUGUUCUACCAUAGAAAAUGA